AAACUGGACUGGGCGUGUGCUCCUCGAGCACACCCACCGGAGCAGCACAGCUAUAUCGUAGCUGGCCACACUCGGUGAACCAGGGCGCCCCAGCCUCUCCGCGAGGCACAAAAAAUACCAGCAACGCCACACCCUCGCCGCAGAGGCGCCAAAGGACGUCUGCGCGCCGCAAACUCAGCCAUUUCAUACACAUCCAAAAUCCGCGCCCCGCGUCUGGUUGCGCGCGUUGGGCCACCCACGCGCGUCAAAGAACUCGCUGCGGACGCGCCCAAACACGGACGCCGGUUCCUCCUGAAAUUUGAGCCCGCGCGCCGACGAGCGCCGGCGUCAACGAGGGGAACCAGUUCCAAAAAAAGAUACGAAGCAUGACGACGACCUCGCCGCCCCCCGUCACGCCGCCGCCCGCCGACCCGCUCUCGCUCAAGCCGCGGCACGAGCAGCUCGUCUCCGACCCCUUGAUCGAGAUCCUGAGUAUUCACCGCGCCAUGCGCCUCGAGAUGCAGGCGGUUUGUGAUGCGGUGCACGGCGCGAAGAACGACACGAAGCAAUUAUCUGAUGCCGCGCGGCGCUUUGAACGCUACGCCGUCGUGUUUCGGGCGCACUCGUCCGCGGAGGACGACUUGUUGCUACCAGCGCUCGAGUUGCGGGAAGCCCAGACGAGAGGCAUUGAAACGACGCCGGAGCACGACGCCGCCCACGAUGUGGAGACGCAGAAGCUCGAAGCCGCGGAGCAGGCUUUUACGAAACUCCUAGCAGCAAAGCCGAACAGCGCCGACUUCAAACGAAAACUAGCUUCCCUCAAGCUCGAGUUGGAUGGUUUUAGGGAGUUCAUGGCCGACCACAUGUUGGAAGAGGAGGAGGAGAUGCUUCCGCGGUUGCGACGAGCCUUUGCGCAUGACGAGUUACUCCAGUUAACAGGCGCGGUCCUAGGGAGACGAGGCGCGGACGACACGGUGGCUACCCUAGAAGUAGUGGUGCCGAACCUCGAACCCUUGCAGGCGAGACACGUGCUCGCCACCAUGAGCGCGGUCGGCGGCGGCAAGUUCCGGGCCUGGCUGGCCUCGUUAGCUUCCGUGAGCGGUGCCCAGAAAGGCGGGUCAGCGCGAGGCGCCUGCAGCUCCUCGGGGGGCCCCUGCGCCUACUGCGUCGCGAAACGGCCGCCGCCCCCGCCGAAGAAGCGGGGUAAAAGGAAAAGAAGAAAGAAGGACGACGACGGCGACUCGACGAUCAGUUCGAACGACGAGACCGGUGAAGUCAAAAUAGAGGGUCCUUCCUACCACUGCCCGUACUGCGACGCGUGCAAGCCGGGACGAGGUCUCGGUAUAGAUGCGUUUCACUGCAUGAAGUGCCACCAGUGCAUCCGCGCGCCGAAGGGCCGGGCAUGCUCCCGGGACCCGCCCUUCGUGCACGUCUGCCCGGCCGACGCGAACCCGGCGCCGUACGAGGUCUCUCCCAAGACUGUUGGAGACGAGCCCGCGCGCAAGGUCUCGGAGGCGUGCGCGCGGUGUGGAAGGUGCGUUUUUGCUUCUCUCGAGUUGCUCGACGCUUUACCAUGCGGCCACGUCGUCCACGCGCGGUGUCUCCAGGGGAACACGGCGUGCCGGCAGUGCGGCGCCGGCGCGGCGCCGGCGCCGGCCGCGGGCGCGAACCCGCUCGACUUCCUGGCCACGGUCAUCACGGCGGCCAAGCCCUCGUCCUCCUCCAAGUAGUAACGAGCCUGUCUGUUUAUA